CUCCUCAGACCGGAGUGCGAGCGUCUCACCGGCCGGGAUGACUGGAAGAGUUGGGACCGCAUAGACUUCUGCAGUGCCGGGAGGGAGAGGAAGAGUGUGUGUGUGUGUGUGUUUGUGUGUGAGAGCAUGUGGCAUGUGUCUGGGGCGGACUUCUUCCAUCUGUAACGGUGCCUCGUGUGAGACCGUGCUGACCGCGACAGUCUUCCCCCCCCCCCCACCUACCCCCUCCGUCCGCAGCCUUUCUCAGCAUGCAGACGGUGUGAGCAGUCAGGGGAAAAGUUUUCUAACGGCGGCUCGCCUCAGCCUCGGCUAACUCGACCCGCUCCGCUCGUCUUCUGAGUCAGGAGGCUUGAGCAACAGCGGCUGAGCGGGAGCACGAGCGGAGCUCGCCCUCAGCUCGGGAUUGCCCCGUUGUUUUCGCUGAUUGAUCGCCUGUCACUGGAUUGGAUACGAGAGCGGUGCAUCACAGGACGUCAGAGGGAUUUAUUCGAGAGACUGGUAUUGCUGGAAUGGACGACCAGUGUGUGUCGCACAGCAGUCCUCAGCGCGGUGCGGGUCAGGCCGGCACCGAGGUUCAGAGGCCGAAUGUCGUCAGGUGCGGGUGGCUCAGGAAGCAAGGAGGGUUUGUCAAGACUUGGCACAGUCGCUGGUUCGUCCUGAGAGGGGAUCAGCUCUACUACUACAAAGACGAGGAGGAGACCAAAGCCCUGGGAGCCAUUUUCUUACCUGGAAACAGAGUUACAGAACAUCCAACCAGCGGCGACGAAGGGGGGAAAUUUCUUUUCGAGGUCAUUCCAGGGGGAGACAGAGAGCGGAUGACAGCCAACCAUGAGACCUACCUUCUUAUGGCCAGCACCCAGAAUGACAUGGAGGAUUGGGUGAAGACAAUCCGGAGGGUAAUCUGGGCGCCUUUCGGAGGAGGGAUCUUCGGCCAGAAGUUGGAGGAGACUGUGCGCUAUGAACGUCGCUUUGGGAACAAGCUCGCCCCUAUGCUGGUGGAGCAGUGUGUGGAUUUCAUUCGGCAGUGGGGCCUCCGGGAAGAGGGCCUAUUCAGGCUGCCAGGACAGGCCAACCUGGUCAAAGAGCUGCAGGAUGCCUUUGAUUGUGGAGAGAAACCUUCUUUUGAUUGUAACACGGACGUGCACACGGUGGCUUCUCUGCUGAAGCUUUAUCUCAGAGAGCUGCCGGAGCCCGUCAUCCCCUUCCAAAAGUAUGAUGAGUUCCUGGCCUGUGCAAAGCUCCUCAGCAAAGAUGAUGAAAUGGGUAUGAAGGAGUUGAGAAAGCUUGUGGAAAGUCUACCUCCAGUGAACUACAACCUCCUCAAGUACAUCUGCAGAUUUCUUGACGAAGUCCAGUCGUAUUCGGGAGUGAAUAAAAUGAGCGUCCAGAACUUGGCUACAGUCUUUGGGCCAAAUAUCCUGAGGCCAAAAAUUGAGGAUCCAGUAGCAAUUAUGGAAGGUACUGUUCUGGUCCAGCAGCUCAUGGCGGUUCUGAUCGGCCGCCACGACGUGUUAUUCCCCCGAGACGAAGACAGCCCCACGAGCCUCGAGCUCGUCAACAACAACAUCGAACUGCCGCGGCGACAAGCCGCCAUGACUACCUCCGCCAUCACUACAGUGUCUCAGAACGCAGAGAACAACAACACGCACGUGAUGCGGCAGUGUGUUUGGGAAGCCCCCGAUUCUCCCUCACACCGCCAGCAGGUCGACAACUCGGGCUCCCCGCGGUCAGCGAGCCCUCGCAACGGCGUCAUAGGACGCUUCGACAUCACCCGCAGUCCCCCGCUGACCGUGAAGAAGAACCCGGCCUUCAGCAAGGGCAGCGGGAUUGUCACGAACGGCUCCUUCAGCUCCUCGCCCUCUUCAGAUCCCAGUCUGGAGAAGAGCCAGACCCUGAUCGGAGGUGGGAGUUUGCCGGUGCGCCGCAGCGGAACGCUCAAAGGCUCAGGCACGAAGAUGGGCACCAGCGGCGUGACGAGCGGAAACGGCACCGCGGGGAACGGCGCCGGGGUCGUGCGCAUGGGCAUUUCCGGCACCGACAUGGUCACGGGGAGUUUGAACUGCCGCAACAGCCUGUGGGUACCGAACGGCUGUGUCAUGCUGCGGGAGAGCAACAAAACGCGCGACUGCUCCAACGGGGAUCAAACGGCCAAUCAGAACCGCCUGUCGACGUACGACAACGUCCAGUUAAACCACCAGAACCUGCAGCAGCAGAACCAGAUAGCCAACACGUGUCUGAACACCGGCUGUGAGGACAAGCAGAGCGUGGACAGCGCCACCUGGUCCACGUCCUCCUGCGAAAUCUCCCUUCCCGACAACUCCACCUCCUGCCGCUCCUCCACCACCACCUGCCCAGAGCAGGACUUCUACGGAGGCCACUAUGAAGACUUGGAUGGACCAGCGCAAGAUAACGAGCCUCCCCAGUCCGGCGGAGGAGGAGGAGGAGGAGGAGGAGGAGGAGACGGAGAGGGCAGGAACAGCAACAGAGAAGGAGGUGGAGAUGGAGCAGGGAGGAGCAGUCGGGGCACCAGCAGUAGCGACAAUAGCGAUGGCUUCACCGUUGGUAAUGGACCUGGCAGCCACAGCGCUCUGCACAGUCUAGUGGCCAGUCUUAAACAAGAGAUGCACAAGCAGAAGACGGAGUACGAGUCCAGGAUAAAGAGCUUGGAGCAGCGCAACAUGGAGCUGGAGGCGGAGAUGGUGAGCCUCCACGAGGAGCUGGACCAGGAGAGGAAGAAGUACACCAUGGCGGAGAUCAAGCUGCGCAACGCCGAGCGGGCCAAAGACGACGCCGAGCGGCGAAACCAGAUGCUGCAGAAGGAGAUGGAGCAGUUCUUCUCGACGUUCAGUGACCUCACCGCCACCGGCAACGCGGCGGUCGCCGACCCCCGCAGACCCGACCGCAACAACCCCAUCUGGAUCCAGUGAAGGAGGUGGGGGGAGGCUGAGAGAGCGGUGAAGGCUGGAAACAGUCUUAUCAUGUGAUGAUGUGAACUUAGAUCUUAUGGCUGCUGACUGAGGGAGGCAAAUUGGGAAAUGACGACGGAGGUGGUUUAAUUUAAUAAACAGGAGGAGUCAUCAGUGUAAAUGUAGACAUCACCUGGAGUGAUGCCAGAGCGACAUUAUCUGUAUAUAGCCUUAUUUAAACUAUUCAUGAACUGUGUACGGCCUACUCAAGCUUUCGUGGUGCUCAUUCAUCAAGCGAAGGGACAAUUCUCCGCGGUCUUACGACGACAGAUGGUACUACUUUACGUUUAGGUAGAUAGCAAGGAAGGCAAGAUGAAAACAUAACGCCAACCUUGGACCUAGUAAUACACGAAGACCAUGUCAUACUCCUCUGCUUUUACUCACUUUUAACAUCUAACCAAAGUGUCAGCGUAACUCUGUGUCAUGUACAAAGUGGGAAACAAUGCAGAGAAACUCCGCCAUCGAGAGAAUUUAAAGUAAUACUUAAAAUGUUUAUCUGAUAUUUAAGGCAAUCGACGUGUGAUAUUUUGUAUUAAGAUUUUUUUUUUUUUUUGUCUUUUCUUUUUCCUUGCACUUACGUGUUUGUUUAGUCUCCACAUGUUGGUACUGAAUGUCCCGUCCCGUCGGUGUGCGUACCCUUUAACCCGGGAGAGUAUGCUGUAUAUGUGCCUGUGCUUUUGUGCUGUUACAUUUACCCAUGACCAAAAAAGAAAAAAACGAGCCUGUACUGUAAAUAUUUUAUAGUUAGACGCUACUGGGGUUUGACUGACUUUCAGAUGGCACGUUUUAAGCUGAUCGAAUGUUUCUUAGCUUGUAAAAAUCCUUUGGAGGACUUGCAGAGUGAGUCAGUGCCAUAAAUCUCUAAUUAAAAAAUAUAUAUAUAAAUAUGCCAAUAAUGCUAAUGGGAAUUUUAGACUAAGUAAAUGAGUUGCCAUUUUAAAAAA